UGGGCUGCACUGUCUCUUUAAAAGGCUGUAUCCUGCGGGUCCCCGGCUCUUGAAGAGGGCUAUGGCCAUUGUUUCGCUCCUGCUCUUUCCCCUCUUCCUCCGGGUCUGAUCAAUUUAACCACCACCACCGCACAGCUUUAAGACAUCUACAUAUAUUUUUAAAAGGACAGCAAGAUGGCUGAGAUGGGCAAGGGAGUCACCGCAGGGAAAAUCGCCAGCAAUAUGCAGAAGAAGCUCACCCGGGCCCAGGAGAAGGUCCUUCAGAAACUUGGCAAAGCUGAUGAAACAAAAGACGAGCAAUUUGAACAAUGUGUACAUAACUUCAACAAGCAACUGACAGAGGGAAGCAAGCUGCAGAAGGAUCUCCGGACAUACCUGGCUUCAGUAAAAGCAAUGCACGAAGCCUCCAAGAAACUGACAGAGUGUUUGCAAGAAGUGUAUGAGCCAGAUUGGCCGGGAAGAGAUGAUACUAACAAAAUAUCAGAGAACAGUGACCUGCUGUGGACAGACUUUCAUCAGAAGCUGGUGGAUCAGGCACUGCUAACUAUGGACACCUACCUCGGCCAGUUCCCAGACAUAAAAUCUCGCAUUGCUAAGCGGGGAAGGAAACUUGUAGAUUACGACAGUGCCAGGCACCAUUAUGAAUCUCUACAGACUGCAAAGAAAAAAGAUGAAGCUAAAAUUGCCAAGCCUGUCUCGUUGCUUGAGAAAGCUGCGCCUCAGUGGUGCCAAGGGAAGCUGCAAGCACAUCUCGUAGCUCAGACUAAUCUGCUGCGGAACCAGGCUGAAGAAGAAUUAGUAAAAGCCCAGAAAGUGUUUGAGGAGAUGAACAUUGAUCUUCAGGAAGAACUGCCUUCACUAUGGAAUAGUCGUGUUGGUUUCUACGUCAACACAUUCCAGAGUAUCGCAGGUUUAGAAGAGAACUUCCAUAAGGAAAUGAGCAAGCUGAACCAAAACUUGAAUGAUGUCCUUGUGAAUCUAGACAAAGCACAGGCAACAAGCACCUAUCCUGUUAAAGCUCAGCCAAGAAAGAAAACUAAACUGUUCUCCAGGCUGAGGAAAAAGAUGAGCAGUGAUAGUACCCCAGCAAAAGCAAACAAAACCCCCUCAUCUCCGCCUGAUGGGACUCCCAUCACCAGCCCUGAGACCAAGGCUAUCAACCAUGAGCCAGAGCCAUCCACUUUGGAAACACCUGGGGGAGGCAUCCCUAAGUCUCCAUCUCAGUUGCGGAAAGGUCCUCCCGUGCCGCCACCUCCAAAACUCACUCCGUCCAAGGAGAUGAAGCAGGAGAACAUCAUCAACCUGUUUGAUGACAAUUUUGUCCCAGAGAUCAGUGUGACAACCCCCUCACAGUUUGAUGCCCCUGGGCCCUUCCAGGAGGGAGCCAGCCUGUUGGAUUUUGAUUUUGAUCCCAUUAAACCUGAUAACAGCCCUGUAGGGAAGUCGCCUACGCCUGCUGCCCAGUCUUUGCCUUGGGAUUUAUGGGAGCCGGAAAAGACUCCAUCUAGCAGCGUUCAAUCUAUGGAUCAGUUUCCGGCCGAUAAUCCUAGCAAUAGUGCGUUCGAGGUGGACUGGCCUGACCAGCCCACUGAGACUAAGAUCAGCCAACCGGAAAAGACUCCAUCUAGCAGCGGUCAAUCUAUGGAUCAGUUUCCGGCCGAUAAUCCUAGCAAUAGUGCGUUCGAGGUGGACUGGCCUGACCAGCCCACUGAGACUAAGAUCAGCCAACCCACAGAAGCCGCUCCUGCUGGUGCUGAGGCAGCUGGCAAAGAAGCAGCAGCAGCUGGAGCUGAAGCAGCUAAAACCGAAACUGACUCAGGAUCUGCCUCAAGCUCUCUACCUGCUGUAGUUGUGGAGACCUUCCCAGCCACAGUCAAUGGAACAGUUGAAAGUGGAGCCGCUUCUGAAAGGGCUGACAUGCCACCAGGUUUCCUGUUUAAGGCACAAGCCAUGCAUGACUAUGCAGCCACUGACAGUGAUGAGCUACAACUGAAGGCUGGAGAUGUUGUCCUGGUGAUUCCAUUUGACAACCCGGAGGAGCAGGAUGAAGGAUGGCUGAUGGGUGUGAAAGAAUCCGAUUGGCUUCAGCACAAAGAACUUGACCAAUGCCGAGGAGUUUUCCCAGAGAAUUUCACUGAGCGGGUGCAGUGAGGUCCUGAGGCUUCUAGGUGGCUUCUCUGCAUUGAGAAAGCAGAGGUGUUUCCUCUUUCCCUCUUGCCCUGGGGAAAGUCUAAAAGUAAUAGAGAGAAUUUUAAAGGGAAGAGAAGCCUAAAGGUUGGAUUCUUCACAGAAAACAAGCUUUUAGAAGUACAUUGAAUUCAAAGUGUUGUUAUCAAAUAUAUAGGUAAUAAAGAAAGACAGGUUGAAAAACAACAACAACUUUCCCCCCCUUUUAAUUUGAACAGUGUUGGUGUUCAGGAGGUUUGCCACUAAAGUGGCUGCGUCGUUUUGUGUGAGUUGGACUUAAGGGUAACUCCAGCAUCAUAAGCCUCAAAAUACUAACUGCUCCAUUACUCUGAAAUGACAUACUCUUAAGUUUACCUUGUGGGAAGGUGCAGUCAACCUGUCUUGUGUCUGAGGCUGCUUAUAUGGCAUCCCCUAGAUUUCAGACCCUGCACAUUAUUCACACCUGCUGCCAUAAGCCCAAUGCCUGUCAUGCUGUUGAAAAGAAAUAUUUAGUGUACAGUGUUCACAAAUUAUGAUUAUAUAUGUGUGUGUGUGUGCGCGUGCAUGUGUGUUUGUUCAUCCUUGGGGGGGAUGCAACAAGAACUGGUGAUUUUCUACAUAUAAUGCAAACAAAAUUACCUGCAGAUGCACAUCAGAAAGAAAAAGGAGGAAGUGACGCCUGAUCCAAAGCUCCUUCAAAUAUGUGUUUUGAUAUAGUAUAUUGGCACUUCCUUUUCUUUGAAAAAAGAUACUGUAAAAGUAUAAAUAUGACUUCAUUUGAUUUUUUAAUUAUUAUUAAAUAACCCACUCUGUUGCUGUUUUGUUAAACUGAGUUUGGAAUGGGCAUCUAAAAUCAUUUUACUGCAUUUGAAAGGCUAGGGUGGAGAGAGAGGGCGCUGUAAAAUACUAACAUAGGGAAAGACAUUUACAGUUUUUGUUUCUUCCAUAUUUUGGAGAACUCUGCAGGCAACCGCACGUCCCUCACCCCCCAUUCAUUUGUUUUAUCUCACCUGUAGUUUGUGAACAGCCUGAACAGCUUGAACUUAGAAGUUUUGAGCGGCUGCAGCUGUGUAUAGUAACUUGCACUGAUGUCUGCCCUAUGCUUGGCAAAUCCAAGCAGCUGUGUCACCUACCAGUUGCUGCUCCAUAAUAAGAAGUUAAUACCAGUCCAUACAGUUUUACCAGUGUGGCUGGCUCUGGAGAAGGGAGGCCUUCUGGGCAGCCACAAAGAUAAAUAAGAUCCAGUGCUACACCUGCCAUGUCUCAGAUACCUGUGCUGUGCAGUAGCAAUCUUGACACUGGAGGCAAGUAACACGCCCUUUUGCUGUUGCAGCCUCCUACCACUUUUUGCAGGAUCAUUGUUUGUGGAAAGCAAACUGCUGGCACAGCAGUUAUUGCACUCCACCCAUCCUAAACAUUUAUUUCCCAGUGCAAUGGCUCAUAGGAUUAAGGUGGGAAAAGAAAAUAUAUUAAUGCAUGAUUUUUUAAAACAAACAAACACACACACACACACACACACACACACACACACACACAGUGGAUUGAACUUCCUUAUUUUUAAACCUUUGCAACAUAACCUGCCAGCAUGGUACUUUUUCAACUUUUAUUUUAGGAAACCCUCUUCCUCAGAAGGCUGCCAUGAGCUUUUCUGGGGGAAGGCCUAUAACAAGAGGGCCAACUUCAGCUUGCCCAAAAUUACAGUGCGGAGCUGGGUGUUAUCUAGGGUGCACUCUCAGUUCAUGCCAGGCCAAGUGCACUGUUGAAUUGGAUGUGCACCCUAGAACGUGCCCUGGACCCCCCUUUUUUUGCAAGGCCAUGGGCUUACAGAGCAUAUAUGCAGGGGUAGCUGGAUAAAAGGUAGAAAAAGUUUCUGCAUGGUAGACAUUUGGAAAACCACUCCUGCCAUUUAUACAGUUGACCUCAUAUUGCCUCCAUUGCUCCUGUUUUGUUUUGUUAUGUGUAUUGCUAAGUUGCUAGGCAGUUUUUAUUGUUAACAGUGCUCUACAUAUUAGUGGCAACAAGUUGGUUUUCUCCCGACACAACUGAAUCCUGCAGUGUUACUUGAAUAGCUGACACAGCUACUGAGCUCUUCACAUCCUUUUAUGACUGGGUUCAUUUACUUCCAAGUUCCACUUUGGAUUUUUUUUCUAUUUUAUUUCUUAUUUGCCUUGAAGGGAUUGCUUUAGAACAGGCUACCUCCUCCUGCACUGGAAUACAUUGGAAAUCCUUUGUAUUGACUAAUCUUAUAAAAGAUAAACUGCUUUUAGCAAAGCAUGGUAUGCUAAGUUACACCACUUUAUAUAUAUAAAAAAAUAAAAGUAAAAAAAUCAGACCAGCUUAGCUUAUAUAAUCAGAGGGUGUGUGAGAGAAUUCAGGUGCAAAGCUUUCUUUCACCCAAUAAAAAGUGAAUGGUCCAAUUUUGCAUUGUGGAUAUAAAUCAUUAUCCAGAAUUGCUGCACAGCCAAGAGUGCACACAAAUAAACCCAAGGAUAUGGGGAAUGUGUGUGUGUGUGUGUGUGUGUUGUAGAUUAGUCACAACUGCAUAUGCAGUUACAACCACUUUAUCUGUGUCUCAUUAUUCUUCAUAACAGUGUUUUGAAUCUUUUUUUUUUUAAUGGCUCAGUGGGUCUUAACCCUCCACCCCAACACAUUCUAGAUUUUGUGAUGCUCCCUUCCUUCAGCCAAAGUUGCAUUGUUUAAAUUCCUCUGUAUUCCAGAGCUGCUGUCUGUUAAAACUAGCCCACCACAAGGUUGUACGUUCCUGUGUUGUUGAUGGUUGCAGUAGCAUAUUCCCAAUUCUUGCAUCCUUUACAGCCUCUCCUAAAAAACUCUCUAUAUUUUUAUGCAUUUGUAAAACAAGUUGUCCUCCUUUGAAGGGCAAUAUUGGAAGGCAUAUCUAAAGGAAUAUCAAUUUUAAAAAUACGUUUAUCCUGUAAGGAAGGUCUCAUUGUAAAAUCUAUUUUUAUGAAGAAACAAGGGGGGAAAACCCCAACCCUGUGGAUUUUAUUUUAAAAAGAUAAUUGCCAGAUUCAUGGUGUAACAUUUAGGCUGUGAUCCUGUACUCACUUACCUGGAAGUACGCCUCAUUGAAUUCAAUGGAACCUACUUUUAAGUAAACGUGUAGGAUUAUACUGCUAAACUGCUUCUGUAGCUGCUAGUGCAUAGGUAUUUGUGUAGACUUCUAAUCAUUGUCUCUUUUUGUUUGGUCUUUGUGUUUUGAUUUUUCAGGCAAGUGUUGCAAAAACGUUUCUGAUCAGCUUUUCAUUUUGUUGUGGAAAAACAGCCAUCAAGUACUGUAUUAUGUCUUUAAUGAUGCUUUAUUCUGAAGCUGUACAAAAUGGUAUAGCUCUUAGCCUUUAAAAGAACGGUUGAUAAGCUUGUAGUUUUCAGGUCUUAUUAAAUUUUCUUCAGUUGCUGCAACAGGGAAAGGGGUCUGUCUCACUGAUCACUAUUUGCUCCUGAAGAAAUCUGCUCAAUAAAGGGGGAGUUAUUCAGCUAAAUAAAAAGCCACCCAUAUGGCCUGGGUCUUCUACAAGAUAUACUGUACACACAAUGCUCACCGAUGUUACUAAAUGGUUGUGGACAGCCCUGAAAGAAAAGGCAGAUAGAUUUGCCCAGUGUAAACAGGCAACUAGUGAAUGACCCAUUUGUUUUAAGGUUUGGGGAAAACUAGACAAAUCCUGACUGUUCAAAAAGAACUGCAGAUAGGGUAUAUCCAAAAUUUAUAUUGGAUUGCAUCCAAUAAAAUUGUCCAUUGGUGCAAGGGUUGCUGCUUGAGCAGUGGAACAUCUCCUCCCUCUCUUUCAGCACAACUUCAGAUCUGCUCCAGAGGGUUGAGGGGAAACCCCAGAACAGGUUUGUUGGGGUUUUUUUUGGGCAGAGGGGGAAGGGAGUCCCAUUGCUCUUCUGACUCUCUUUAUACUAACUGGGCAACUUCAUUGGAGAUAACCCAUAGGUGUCAUAUCAGUAAAAUUGUUACAGCCUGCCCAAACCAUCCAAAAUACAUAAUUUAUUGAGGAUGCUGCAAAUUCUGUCUGAGAGAUUCCCAGUGCUCUCCCUCCAGAACUACGGGUCCUACAAUUCCCUAGAGAGAAGGAAUUCCUAUUAAACUGGUCUAAGGGACUCUGUAGUGUAAAUAUGCCCUAGGAAGAGGACAUCUCAUGGGCUACUUCCAAACGUGAUGCAACUCCAGAAAAGAAAAUGUUUUAUGUGCCUUAUCAUAAUCCCUAGAAGAGGGGGUAGCCACUCUGGUGCCCUCCAGAUGUUGCAGCCAGAGAAGAUGUCAAGUGGAGUCCAAAAGCAUGUUGAGGGCACCACAUUGGAAAAAAAUAUACCAUGCAUUUGUUUUAAGAAGAAUUCUUAAAGGUAUCAGCAGUCUUGCACCAAAGCAGGUGGGGGGAGGAAGAUGAAGUCUUGUUGUGCAGGUGCAAGUCAUUGCAAGAAUGGUACCAAUCCAUUGGCUACAACCCAAUGCUUUGAAUCAAUUACAAACAUUCCCCGCCCCUGCUAUCAACAUUUUGCUCCCACCUUGGUUAAAAGUUGGAUGUGCGGCUUGGUCUUACUUAUAAGGUUGCUUUACACACAAUAGGUUUCCUAGAUCUGAUAUCCUUUUGAUGGAUGAAAUUACAUGGAGGAAACAUGCAUCUUUUUGGCUAUUUGUGUAAAUUCUGGGAGGCCACAAUUUGUAUCUGAUUAGCAUGAAGUAAUAGACACAUCUGCUUCAAAAAUGAUGGUGUGAACGGGUAGUUUCUAACACAGAAAUGAUGCCAAUAUAAGAAGCUUGGUUUGUUAUGUUUGGUCAUGUGUUUCUGUUCAGCUUGGAAGUGUCAUCAGAAGGCAUUGCCAUUUAUUU